AUGGAGGCCCUGCUCGCCGUCAACAGCGUCGAUUCCGGCGUUUCUGUUGGACCCAGCCAGCUUGGCGGGCUUGGACUAUUUGUAAACAAGGACAUAGAUGGCGAGAUUCUCAGAAUUGGCCGUGAGCACACCUACAGCAUCUACACCUGUUUGGAACUCAGUAAGAAAAUAAAGGACCAGACAGAGCCCCCGGUGAUUAAGUCGCUUUUGGGCUUCUACUGCAACGGCCCGCCUAACGAGACGAGAAUUCUGAUUUGCUACAUGAUUGGAUUCGAGGUUCUUCGCCGGUUGGGCAAGCUGGAGGGAUACAAAAAGCUCCAACAGUACUUGAAUGUUUUACUGCGCACGGAAAUCGGUAAUUUAUGGCAGGACGAGGAGCCUCUUCUUGAAAGUUAUUAUGAGUUGGAGCCGGGAAACUCGUUGGUGAACGCCACGUUGCUGGAGAAACAGAGCGGCGAGGUUAGCGAAUUGUCGAGGUACAUCUCCGAGACGUGGAGGGUGACUUUUGAAGAGCACGCGAUCCAGCAGCUCGUAGCUGCGGUCCGUUCGCGGACGCUGGAAGUCCCCAGAAAAGUCAGCGACGACGACGACUUCUCUGUCGAUGUUACGCUGGUGCCGCUUCUGGACUUUGCCAACCACGACAACUCCAAACAGAAUGCGUAUUUUGAUCUCGAUCCAAAAACAGACGAGAUCGUCCUAAUUGCCAAACGGCCGCUCUCUGGCGGCUCAGAAGUGCUCAUCAGCUACACGCCAGUUGAGGAGAUGACACGGAUGUUUAUCACGUACGGUUUCUAUCCUCGCUCGGACGGUCUGAAGGUGGUGGACGUGCCGUUUUGGGGAUACCACCACUUCGACCGGUCUGAGGAGCUGGCCCAGUACGUUUUCCAGCAGCGGCAGCCGACGAACCUGCAAUUUGUGCUGGAGUAUGCAGAUGGCCAGCUGGUGGACCUUUUCCUGAAUAUGGCGUCGAACUACAGCUUUGCAGGACUCAUUGGCCCCGACGACGUGCCGACCGUGAUGGAAAACGCAUCCGAGGAACAGAUCGACGGGGCGCUCAGCACAUUGCUGGAACUGGUCGAGUCGUACUUCGCGGAGCGUGUCGAGCGAGCACAGGAGUUUGCCAAAUUCUGCGACGACUACGAGGCAGAAAAUGGCACCAAAAAUAUCAGGCAGCUGGUGCAGUUCCACCUGGAACUGUACAACAAAUAUCUCGACAAGAUGCGACAGAUAGCGCCCCGAGCGGGCUCUGAAUCACUAUACGACCUGGUAAUGGUCGACGGAGAUGACUGGGUCGAGCACCGUCUACCUCCAGUGUACAAUUUUCUUACCAGGGAGCUGGCACGGCAUUAA